GGGCUCCGCGCCGUGGCCCGGGGCGUGGGGGCUGAGCGCGCCGGGUGGAUCGCAGGGAGCGCGGGCCGGGCGGGCACUCCCCCAUCUCCCGCCAGCUCUGCCGUCCUCGCCUCCGACUUGCGGCUUCGCCUUGAGCGGUCUCCAGCCAUGAAGCUCCUUCUGCUGGCUUUGGCUGCGCUGCUGCUCUUGUCCCAGCUCACUCCAGGUGACACCCAAAAAUGCUGGAAUCUUCGUGGCAGAUGCCGCCACAGAUGCUCCAGGAAGGAAAGGGUCUAUGUUUACUGCACAAAUAGUAAAAUGUGCUGUGUGAAGCCCAAGUACCAGCCAAGAGGCAGGCCUUGGCCAUUUUAGGUGGUUUGAAGCCUGAAGCCAUGAAAAUGCAGAUGAAGCUGCCCUGAGUCAGACCCCACUGGAUGCCUGAGCUCUACCAAUAAACACCUCUGGAUGACCCCUGUGUCUGCCUGUCAGUCUGCCCAGCACUUCUCAGAAAGUUCCCUUUCAGGGGCUUCGGGAUGUGAAGACUAUUUGCAUAAUAAAGCAUUAUUUGCCCUUUUUUAA